AUGAGUGGGCUACUGAGCGGCCGGACAUGCUCAAGGCCAGGAGAGGCCUCCGACCUUAAGUCCCCUCUGGGUGCCAAGCUCAGGGAACCUCUCACCGAGGCCCGGUUCCAGCAGCUCUUCGGGGGCGCAGAGCAGGAGAGGGAGCUGCUGGCGGAGCCCCGCUGGUCCGGGCUGUGCGGACUGUGGAGGCGGCGGGCCCGCGCCUGUUCUGGACCGGGGGCGUGGCGCCUGUUGCUGGCGCGGCUGCCCCCGCUGCGCUGGCUGCCCCACUACCGUUGGAGGGCCUGGCUGCUUGGGGACGCGGUGGCUGGAGUGACUGUGGGCAUCGUGCACGUGCCCCAGGGCAUGGCUUUCGCCCUCUUGACCUCCGUGCCCCCGGUGUUCGGCCUCUACACGUCUUUCUUUCCCGUCCUCAUCUACACCUUGCUGGGCACUGGGAGACACCUGUCCACAGGAACGUUCGGCGUACUCAGCCUCAUGACGGGCUCGGCAGUGGAGCAGCUAGUGCCCGAACCCCUCGGGGGAAACUUGAGCGUAACCCAGAGGGAACAGCUGGACGCUCGGCGAGUCGAGGCAGCUGCGGCCUUGGCCUUCGGGAGCGGGGCGUUGAUGCUGGGGAUGUUCGCGCUGCAGCUCGGAGUCCUGUCCACCUUUCUGUCGGAGCCCGUGGUUAAAGCGCUGACCAGCGGGGCCGCGCUGCACGUGCUCGUGUCCCAACUGCCGAGCCUCUUGGGGUUGCCCCUCCCGCGCCAGAUCGGCUGCUUCGCUCUCUUCAAGACGCUGGCCUCUGUGCUGACCGCGCUGCCCCGGAGCAACCCGGCCGAACUGACCAUCUCUGCACUCAGCCUGGCGCUGCUCGUGCCGGUCAAGGAAUUGAACGUGAGGUUCCGAGACAAGCUACCCACCCCGAUCCCAGGGGAAAUCGUCAUGGUGCUUCUGGCCUCCGUGCUCUGCUUCACUUCUUCCCUGGACGCGAGAUAUAACGUCCAGAUAGUGGGGCUGCUGCCUGGAGGAUUUCCCCAGCCUCUCUUCCCCAACCUGGCCGAGCUACCCAGGGUUCUGGACGAUUCACUGCCCAUCGCACUGGUUACUUUUGCUGUGUCUGCCUCCCUGGCCUCCAUCUAUGCAGACAAACAUAGCUACACUAUUGACGCCAACCAGGAGCUGUUGGCGCACGGUGCCUCCAACCUCAUCUCCUCCCUCUUCUCUUGCUUUCCCAACUCGGCCACAUUGGCCACCACCAGCCUACUGGUGGAUGCUGGUGGGAACACACAGCUGGCAGGCCUCUUCUCCUGCAUAGUUGUCCUAUCGGUGCUGCUGUGGCUGGGACCCUUCUUCUACUAUCUGCCCAAGGCUGUCCUGGCCUGCAUCAACAUCUCCAGCAUGCGCCAGAUGUUCUUCCAGAUGCAGGAACUUCCACAACUAUGGCGCAUCAGCCGCGUGGAUUUUGCUGUGUGGAUGGUCACAUGGCUGGCUGUAGUGACCCUGAGUGUGGACCUGGGCCUGGCCAUAGGUGUGGUCUUCUCCAUGAUGACGGUGGUCUGCCGCACCCAGAGGGUGCAGUGUGUGGCACUUGGACUGGCUGAGGGGACAGAGCUCUACCGGCCACUCAAAGAGAGCCCCAAGCUCCUCCAGGUGCCAGGGCUGUGCAUCCUAAGCUAUCCCACACCUCUCUACUUUGGGACUCGUGGGCAGUUUCGCCGUAUCCUGGAGUGGCAUCUGGGGCUUGGAAGAGGCAAGGAGACUCCAAAGACAGAUGGCCCACCCGAUGCAGUUGCUGAGUCUGUCCGGGUGGUGGUCCUAGACUGUGGUGGUAUCACCUUUGCAGAUGCUGCUGGGGCCAGAGAAGUGGUGCAGCUGGCCAGCAGAUGCCGAGAUGCUGGGAUCCACCUUCUCCUGGCUCAGUGUCAUGGUGAGAGCCUCCGUGCUGGGGACACUGACCCAGGCAGGACUACUGGACAGAGUGACCCCGGAGCAGCUGUUUGUGAGUGUCCAGGAUGCAGCUGCUCACGCCCUGGAGAGACUGGAGCUCGCUGGUCCGAAGACGUGCACGGUAUGGGUCUGACCCAGUUACUUGGAGUGUGGAGGGCCCAACAACAUGUGUGUGAGGGGAGGGCCUUGCCCUUGAGCCCCCUUGCUUAAUGUAACUAAUAAAAUGAAGCUGAGAGCCUCUGGGA